CCCCCUCUACCCCCGAUAGCAGAGGGUUGGAAAGAGGCACGAUAGGGGUGGUCUAUUCAGCCCUCGUCCACUAGUUCCAUCAAGCCCCGUAAGGCGCAAUGUUGGCGCAGGGACGAUGCAGUAACAUCCGUGUUCGGGUUUGGGUUUGUCACCCCCGUCGACUUGGACACCAACCCUCAAGACUGCCUCCGUUAUAAAGUAAAUUCAUCAGAGAGAAAAAACUGAAUAAUCCCUCAUAAACUGAAGACCAAAGCGAGAAAAAAAAAUAUAUUGAAAAAAAAAACGGAUUAAGAAGUGUCAGUAGGUGUCAGUGGUACAAGUGAAGUCAAAAGAUAUCUCCAGAGAGUGAUGAAAAAAUUUAUUGGAUUAACCAGCAGUUGAGGAAUAGGAGAUGUAACUUCCGAGAUAAAUUGAAUUGGGAAAAAAAAAAAAAUAGUAAUAAUUCAAGUGCUGUGCAUUAAAUGUAAAAUUCUCACACCCCCUCCACCGCCACCAGCAUCCCCUCCCCGGCGAAGGAAGUGUCUGGGCUUCGACGUAAAAGUGAAAGAAUAGAGUUUACAAAAAAAAAAAAUUGCCCAGUGACAACACGAUACAAUGAUUAUUCACGACAAUGGAAAAUGUUAACGCAGAGUAAAUUUUAUGCACUAUUUAUUCACUACACAUUUGUGUAGUAUGAUUGGGGGCGGGUCCUUGUGGCUGCGGUGAAGGUGCUUUCUACUGGAUUUCUAAAUGGAUUUAGGGGUGAUAAGGGGUGAAGAGAGAGGGGGCCUCAUUGGCGAAUACAGAUUCAGUUUAGUGUUAAGUUGCUCAGUGAGGAUCAACUGUGUUUUUAAUUAAAAUGUAUCAGGGGGUUUGAAGAAGGGGGGGGAUAAUGACGUAUGGGAAUAACAAAAUGUGUGGAUCAAGUAAAUAAUCCGUUGUUCUGUUGAUACGUAAGGUCAAAGGGAUUAUGACUCCAGUACCCGCCCCAUCAGUGCCUAUUUUCCCCGUGUGUUGUUUUUUUUUUUUCACUUUUUUCAAUUCGCUGAUAUGAUCUAUUUGUGAUUUAAUGGGACUUGUACAUAUGAUUAGGUGAGGAUUGACACAACGCAUUGACAGGGGUGUAAUUUCGAGGACAAACGGCUAUGAUAAUCAAGAUAGAGGAUUGAGAAUACUCAUCGCUUCAUGUAUACGUAUAUGAAAUUGGAAUUAACAAGAAAAUGUUCACCGGGGGGACAAGAAUGUCCCCCGGGGUAUUACAUGCAAAUGCCCUUUCUUAAUAAAUUGUGUCCCAAGUCGGACAUGAAAUAUCUUGGUACACGUUGGACUGGCCCCAACAUACCACGCACUGCCGCAGCGCGUACAUUACUGAUCGUCGCUAUUUCACCAAAUAACAAGAAUUACGGGUGUUACGAAUAUAAUAUUAAAACGAGAGUUAUAAAUGAUAAAUGGACAGAGGUGAAAAGACGGAGUGGUACGAGCGGCAACUACACACGUGAUAAAAUAACGUGGAGAAAAUUGGUGAUAAAGCCGCACUUAUCCGUCCGAUCCUACAACAAUUAUUUGUACACACAAGCCCAUUCAAAAUUCAAGUAUCACAUUGGCAGUGAUAUACGAUUAUAUCGAUUGAAAUUAAACAACUUUCAUCAGCAAUUUAAUUGUACAUCAUCUGGAAAACACAGACGUCAUUUCAGGAAGUGUUAGCACCUACCGCAAGGAAGGUGCCUUGGUUGCGCGCAGCGUAGACAAUGUCCGACGAUUAUUCCUCCUUAUCAGAAGAACGAAGUUUGUUCCGUCCGUUCACGCGGGAAUCCCUGGCUGCUAUCGAGACUCGCAUUGCCGAAGAACUUGCCAAGCAGAAGGAGCUUGAAGCUAAAAGAGCACAAGGCGAGGGUGGUUAUGGACGGAAGAAAAAGAAAAAAGAAACCCGUUAUGACGACGAAGACGAGGAUGAGGGUCCACAGCCAGAUCCGAUGUUUGAACAAGGGGCGCCAAUUCCAGUCCGACUGCACAACGAAUUUCCCCCUGAGCUGGCCUCCACGCCCCUUGAAGACAUCGAUACCUUUUAUCAUAAUCAAAGGACGUUCGUGGUCAUCAGCAAGGGGAAGGACAUAUUCAGAUUCUCGGCGACGGAUGCGCUAUGGUUCCUCGAUCCAUUCAAUCCAAUACGACGGGUGGCCAUUUAUAUCCUGGUCCACCCGCUCUUUUCCCUAUUCAUCAUCACCACUAUUUUGGUUAACUGCAUACUCAUGAUUAUGCCAACCACGCCCACCAUCGAGUCAACCGAAGUGUUAUUUACGGGCAUCUACACAUUUGAGUCCGCCGUUAAGGUGAUGGCGAGGGGUUUCAUUCUGCAGCCUUUUACCUAUCUUAGAGAUGCAUGGAAUUGGCUCGACUUCGUAGUUAUAGCUUUAGCUUAUGUGACGAUGGGCAUAGAUCUAGGCAACCUUGCCGCUCUCAGGACAUUUCGAGUCCUCCGAGCCUUGAAGACUGUCGCUAUUGUACCAGGUCUCAAAACCAUUGUCGGCGCUGUGAUAGAGUCAGUUAAAAAUCUGCGCGAUGUGAUAAUCUUAACAAUGUUCUCCCUGUCCGUCUUUGCGUUGAUGGGCCUCCAGAUUUACAUGGGGGUUUUGACGCAAAAGUGUAUAAAGAAUUUUCCGGAGGACGGAUCCUGGGGCAAUCUUACCGGUGAAAAUUGGGAGAGAUUCAACAAAAAUUCAACAAAUUGGUACGUCGAUGACAAUGGGAACAUGCCGUUAUGUGGAAAUUCCUCCGGUGCAGGAAUGUGUGCACCCGGUUAUAUAUGUUUGCAAGGAUACGGUGGUAAUCCAAACUACGGAUACACGAGUUUCGAUACAUUUGGCUGGGCCCUCUUGUCUGCCUUUCGGUUGAUGACUCAGGAUUACUGGGAGAAUCUCUAUCAACUUGUAUUGAGAUCAGCUGGACCAUGGCACAUGCUGUUCUUCAUUGUUAUCAUAUUCCUUGGUUCAUUCUAUCUAGUGAAUUUGAUUCUCGCUAUUGUCGCCAUGUCGUACGAUGAGUUGCAGAAAAAAGCAGAAGAGGAAGAGGCAGCUGAAGAAGAAGCCAUAAGAGAAGCCGAGGAGGCGGCAUUGGCACGAGAGAACAAGAUAGCGGCGCAGGCUGCCGCAAGAGAAGCUGCAGCUGCUCAAGCUGCUGCUGAUGCCAUUGUCAAGUCACCAUCGGACUUUUCGUGCCACAGUUACGAACUAUUUGUUGGCCAGGAGAAGGGUAAUGAUGACAACAAUAAGGAGAGAAUGAGCAUACGCUCGGUGGAAUCAAUAAGCGAAUAUCGAGUCAGGCCCAUCAACAACAAUCACAGCGCCGCAGCCAAAGUUCGUAAAGUCAGCGCUGUCUCUCGCGCCCUUAACGGCCAGUUUACAUGUGCCUACCGGGAAAAUCUGAGGAAGGCAAGCCUUAGCCUGCCAGGCUCACCAUUCAAUCUCCGAAGAGGUAGUCGUGGAAGCCAUCAAUUUACCAUUCGCAAUGGCCGGGGUAGAUUCGUUGGUUCAUCUGGUGGCGAUAGAAAGCCACUUGUACUGUCUACAUACCUAGAUGCCCAAGAACACUUGCCUUAUGCAGACGAUUCAAAUGCUGUCACACCAAUGUCCGAGGAAAAUGGAACGAUCGUUAUACCGGUCCAUUAUCCAAGUCUUGGAUCACGUCAUUCGUCCUAUACGUCACAUGCCUCAAGAUUAUCAUAUACGUCCCAUGGCGAUCUGUUGAGCGGUAUCGCCAAUGCUGGUAAACAAAUGACCAAGGAGAGCAGACUUCGGAGUAGAUCUGCUAGACAGGGCAAUGGUCACACACCCGAGCCAAUGCAGAAUCAGAAGCUACAGCAUCAUCAUGAUGUGGAAAUGGAAGAUCCAUUGGGUAAGAACAAACAGCAAGACAACCCAUUUAUCGAGUCUUCUCAGCCACACGCCGUUGUCGACAUGAAAGAUGUUAUGGUCCUGAAUGAUAUUAUUGAACAAGCCGCUGGGCGGCAGAGCAGAGCAUCAGAACAAGGAGUUUCCACUUAUUACUUUCCGACAGACGACGACGAAGAAGGUCCAACAUUGAAGGAGAAAUUGAUAUCAGGGUUUUUCCAAGGAAUCGAUAUGUUUUGUGACUGGAAGUGCUGUGGGCCAUGGAUCAAAUUUCAGGAUUUUGUUGCAAUGAUUGUCUUCGAUCCAUUUGUAGAAUUGUUCAUUACACUGUGCAUCGUAGUUAAUACUCUGUUCAUGGCACUUGAUCACCAUAAUAUGGAUCCGGAGAUGGAGAGAAUACUUAAAUCUGGAAAUUACUUUUUUACCGCAACAUUUGGCAUCGAAGCUGCCAUGAAACUUAUUGCUAUGAGUCCAAAAUUUUAUUUCCAAGAGGGAUGGAAUAUUUUUGAUUUUAUUAUCGUUGCACUUUCGCUACUGGAGUUGGGCCUCGAGGGAGUUCAAGGACUUUCUGUACUGCGUUCAUUCAGAUUGUUGAGAGUGUUCAAAUUAGCUAAAUCAUGGCCAACGCUAAAUCUGUUGAUAUCAAUCAUGGGAAGAACUGUGGGUGCAUUGGGUAACCUGACAUUUGUGCUGUGCAUUAUUAUAUUCAUAUUUGCCGUUAUGGGAAUGCAAUUGUUUGGUAAAAAUUAUACGGACAAUGUUGAUCGAUUUCCCGACGGAGAUUUACCGAGAUGGAAUUUCACGGAUUUCAUGCACUCAUUUAUGAUCGUAUUUCGAGUGUUGUGCGGUGAGUGGAUCGAGUCCAUGUGGGAUUGUAUGCUGGUUGGUGAUGUCUCCUGUAUUCCGUUCUUUUUGGCUACUGUCGUCAUCGGAAAUUUGGUCGUCCUCAAUCUCUUCUUGGCGUUGCUCUUGAGCAACUUCGGUUCAUCGAAUCUGUCAGCACCAACUGCCGACAAUGACACGAAUAAAAUAACCGAGGCAAUUGACAGGAUAGCACGUUUUAUAGCAUGGGUCAAACGUAACGUACGGAAUGUGUUCAAAAUGAUGCGGGCCAAAUUCACCAAUCAGAUAUCCGAUCAGGCGCCAGGUGAGGGACCGUCCAACAGUUGGAAAGAAGUUGUCCUAUAUUAUUUUUCGACCAUGAAAAAUGGUAACCCGGAUGGGUUAGAGAUCAUGUGUAAAUGCGCAGAUGGAAUUGAUCGUGACUGCAGUCGGGAUCUUGCUGAUGGUGAACUGGAUGGAUACAGAGAUAAGAAAAGUGCUAAAGAGUUCAAUAAUCAGCUGGAAGUUGCUAUUGGCGAUGGAAUGGAAUUUACGAUACACGGAGAUCUGAGAAAUAAAUUAAGAAGGGACAGGCUGAGCAUUAACAACACGAAAGCUAUCGAGAACUCGAUAAACCACCGGGAUUACCGACUCGAUCAUGAUUAUAUUACUCACCACGAUGAGGAUACGAUCAGCAACAAAUCAUACGGCAGCCAUGAAAAUCGCUUCAACAGUGAGAGAAGUCACAAAGGAAGUGUGGAUUCUCUGGACGGAGAGGAGAAGAAGGACGCCAGCAAGGAAGAUCUCGAGGGUGAUGACCUAGAAGACGAUGGUGAGAACGGCGAAGACGAAGAGCUGGAGGAGGAGGGUGACAUCGUCAUCCAGGCUGACGAAGACAUAAUCGAGGGCGAUGGAGACUACCCCCACGAUUGCUGUCCCGAUCACUGCUACAAGAGGUUUCCAUUCCUCGCUGGCGAUGACGACGCACCCUUCUGGCAGGGCUGGGCCAAUCUUCGUCUCAAAACAUUUCAGCUCAUUGAGAACAAGUACUUCGAAACAGCUGUUAUCACAAUGAUUUUGCUUAGCAGUAUGGCAUUGGCUCUCGAGGAUGUUCAUCUGCAAGCAAGACCAAUUCUUCAAGACAUUCUGUACUACAUGGACCGUAUCUUCACUGUCAUAUUCUUCCUGGAGAUGUUGAUCAAGUGGUUGGCGCUUGGAUUCGCCAAGUACUUCACAAACGCCUGGUGUUGGCUUGAUUUCAUCAUCGUAAUGGUGUCGCUCAUUAACUUCGUAGCGUCGCUAUGUGGCGCGGGCGGAAUUCAAGCCUUCAAAACAAUGAGGACCCUAAGGGCCCUAAGGCCACUCAGGGCGAUGUCUAGAAUGCAGGGGAUGCGGGUGGUGGUGAACGCCCUGGUCCAGGCUAUCCCGUCCAUCUUCAACGUACUCCUUGUCUGCCUGAUAUUCUGGCUGAUUUUUGCCAUCAUGGGAGUACAGCUGUUUGCUGGAAAGUAUUACAAGUGUGUCGACAUGAAUAAAACAACUCUCAGUCAUGAAAUCAUUCCCGAUCGUAACGCAUGUAUCGCCGAGAACUACACCUGGGAAAAUUCACCAAUGAAUUUCGAUCAUGUUGGGAAAGCUUACUUGUGUCUAUUUCAAGUCGCUACCUUCAAAGGGUGGAUUCAAAUAAUGAAUGAUGCUAUUGACUCCCGAGACCUUGGAAAACAACCGAUCCGCGAGACAAACAUUUACAUGUAUCUCUACUUUGUAUUCUUCAUUAUAUUCGGAUCAUUUUUUACCCUGAAUCUGUUUAUCGGAGUCAUCAUUGAUAACUUCAAUGAGCAAAAGAAAAAAGCCGGUGGUUCCCUAGAAAUGUUCAUGACUGAGGAUCAGAAGAAGUACUACAAUGCUAUGAAAAAAAUGGGAAGUAAAAAACCUCUCAAGGCUAUACCACGGCCAAGGUGGCGACCUCAAGCGAUAGUGUUUGAAAUAGUGACGGACAAAAAGUUCGAUAUGAUAAUCAUGUUGUUCAUUGGUCUCAACAUGCUGACCAUGACACUAGAUCACUAUCAACAGACAGAUACAUUCAGCAAUGUGCUUGAUUACUUGAACAUGAUAUUCAUUGUGAUAUUCACCAGCGAGUGUUUGAUGAAGAUAUUUGCUCUACGCUAUCACUACUUCAAGGAGCCCUGGAAUCUCUUUGAUUUUGUUGUUGUUAUAUUAUCAAUAUUAGGAUUGGUGCUGAGUGACAUUAUUGAAAAGUACUUUGUAUCACCGACACUCCUCCGAGUGGUGAGAGUGGCCAAAGUGGGUCGUGUACUACGUCUUGUCAAGGGUGCUAAGGGCAUAAGGACACUACUGUUUGCCCUUGCCAUGUCUCUGCCAGCUCUAUUCAACAUUUGCCUCCUGCUUUUCCUUGUUAUGUUUAUCUUUGCCAUAUUUGGAAUGUCAUUCUUCAUGCACGUUAAGGAUAAAAGUGGUCUUGAUGACGUGUAUAAUUUCAAAACUUUUGGACAGUCGAUGAUACUGCUGUUUCAAAUGUCGACAUCGGCCGGUUGGGAUGGCGUGCUAGACGGUAUAAUAAACGAAGAGGAUUGCCUACAGCCGAAUAAUGAAAUUGGCUAUCCUGGCAAUUGUGGCUCCUCAACAAUUGGAAUUGCAUACCUGCUAUCGUAUCUCGUCAUCAGCUUCCUAAUCGUCAUCAACAUGUAUAUCGCAGUGAUAUUAGAGAAUUACUCACAAGCGACCGAAGAUGUUCAGGAGGGAUUGACCGAUGAUGACUACGAUAUGUACUAUGAAAUAUGGCAGCAAUUCGAUCCAGAUGGUACACAGUACAUUAGAUACGACCAGCUCUCCGAUUUCUUGGAUGUACUUGAGCCACCCUUGCAAAUACACAAACCGAACAAGUACAAGAUCGUGUCGAUGGAUAUCCCCAUAUGUAAGGGAGAUCUUAUGUUUUGCGUGGAUAUCCUCGAUGCCCUCACCAAAGACUUUUUCGCUAGAAAGGGUAAUCCUAUUGAGGAAACUGGAGAGUUGGCCGAAGUACAGACACGACCUGGUGAAGUUGGUUAUGAGCCAGUAUCAUCGACACUAUGGAGACAGAGGGAGGAAUAUUGUGCAAGAUUAAUUCAAAAUGCCUGGCGUAAGCACAAGCAAAAUCGUCUUGGUGGACCAAGUGAGGAGAGCGAUGAUCCUGAUACUGAUCCAAGGGUCAGGCAAACAGCUGUACUCGUUGAGAGUGAUGGUUUUGUUACUAAAAAUGGACAUCGUGUUGUUAUACACAGCCGUUCACCAAGUGUAACAUCACGCACUGCGGACGUCUGAUCUCAGCUCGAAACUCCAACGACGAAUCAUUUGAAAAAGUAAUUAUCAUCGGACGAUAAGGUACUCAAAAUAACAAAAUAAUAAUAUACUUCAAAAUGCAGCCGUUUAUUAAAGAGAAUAAUAAUUAAUUAUAAUUAAUGAUAAAUGAGAUAAUCCUCACCAACCCCCCCCAGCCCUGCCCCUUUGCCCCCCCGACCCCUUGCCAGCCCCGGAUUUAUCACUGCGCUCUUCUCUCAUUCGCCACCAUGACUUUGCUAAACAAUCCUUUGAAAGAAAUGAAUAUAUCGUGUGCUAUUUAACUAAUCAACAGCCUUAUAGUUUUGUAAAACGAUAUUUGAGACAAAAUGACAGACGAAAAUGAAGAUUAAGAGAAAAACAUCGUUAAUCAUUAAUUCCUCCAACGAGUUGCCUUUUUCAAAUCGGACUGCACCAUUUUAAUAUUAAUGAAAACUUAAUUAAAACAACAUUUAAUGAUAAUGAUGAAACGUCGUUGGGAUAGUUUCGAUCGAAAAAAAAAAAUAAUAAUGAUGAAUAAUACUGAAGACUCUAUUGAGAUUCGUCCAUUUAAAUUAUUUCAUUGAAUAAUAAAUCAAUUAAAUUAAUGAAAUAUCGAGCACGCCUCGACGCCGGCCCGCGGAUUGUCCACUUGAUAUUAAUAAUUUAAUGACUCUCAAUGAUUCCCAGAACCCCCUUUUUCCCCACUCCCUCGCUUGCUUAAAACGCUCUUAACAAUUUCCUCCCCCAUUCCCAUUUUUAUCUAAUUAACAACAUUAAAAAACCGGAGAAUAAGUGAUUUUUCUCGGUGAAAUGAAAAUGAAUAGAAAAUAUUCAUGAGAAAAAUUAAAAAAUGUUCAACCGCGUUAUGUCGCUGAAAUUCACCAGACAUUUGGCUAUUGAAUUUGCUUCCCCAAAAAUCCCCAAAUUAUUAAUUCAAUGGCCAAUGAAUGUGCGAAUUGUACGGAUAAAUAUGUUUUAAUAUAAAUGUGCAACGUGCGCGAUUAACAUAACAGUGUCCAAAUGAGAUUAAAAAAAAAAUAUUAUCAUCAAUCAUCGGUUAUUUUUUACAUCAGUGAAGAUAUAUUGAAGAGUUUCGAUGAAAUGUGUUUGAUCAACACGAUUGGUUACAACGAGCACAGACACAUUUACACAAGAGGAGGAUUAAUGAUAAUGAACACGUACCCACUGCAUCAUCAAUUAUUACGAGGGCCGGAUUAACUUAUGAUAAAUUAGUAAUGGCUGUUUUCGAUUUAUUUCAAUCGGUUGACCAUUGUCAUUGUAAUUACGAGGUAGACGAAGCCGCUUUGUCUAAUAUUUUUUACAUUUAUUGUUAUUAUUAUUAUUAUUAUUCUAUUGAUUGUUUUGAUUAUCAAUAAAGCGAAGGGUAAUUCACGUAUUGAUAUAUUGUAUAUAUUUUGCAAUGUUCAGGCUCGCACAAAAUAAAACUAAUUGCCCACGAUUUAUUAUAUAGUGUAAAAAUGGUUUUUUGGAACAAUUUUUAUUGGAAUGAGGUAUUCUGGUGUCUGGGGAUAUAUUUUUGGAAUUUUGAUUGAAGAAAAAAAAUGUUAUUUUAAAAAAAUUCUGAUUUUUUGUCCACAAAUAUGUUGUAAGUGAGUGAAUAAUUUCAAAAAAUGUUGAAAAAUAAGAGGUGAUGCAGGACGCCGCCAUUUUGAAUAGCCACAUUCGCUGGAAUAAUUUCCAAAAUGGCCGAAUCCUCACUUCAUAUUUGUAAGCAUCUCUUAAAAUUAUUUAUUAUUUAUUUAUCUAUUGUUUAUGUUCAAAUCUCGCCAUUGGAUUCGUAUGAAGAGAACAAUUAUUUGUUGACAAAUUUUUUCAGAAUUAAGGUUUCAAGAACCAUUUUUUUUCAAGAGAAAUAUAACCCAGAUACCGAUAUUCAGAAGUGAGGUUAUGGUUCUGGAAAAUAUCUCGAAAUUUCGAGAAAUUUUUUUAGGAAAAGAAAUUGAAGGCUUCGCUGAAUCAUAGUUUAUCGAAGUUGAAUGAUAAAUUUAUCUUCUGUUGAGCAUCGGUUGCACUCGAUAUAAAUAUAUAAAUAAAUAUAAAUAUUAUGUGGAUAUACAUAUAAUUGUACCGUAGCUUUUUUUAUCCGAGUGAAUGAGCGGUUGCAUCAAGGAGCGUAACGAUUUAUAGAAUCAAAUUAUUUCGAUAGGGUGACGAAAAUUAUUGGAAAUUAACAAUUCUCUGGGACUUUUCCCCGAGGCCCAGAGGUUUGGGAAUUUCGUGAUUUUUAUUUUAUGUUUAUUCGAUGGUGAGUGCACCAUCUGAAGGGAAAAUUUGGACGACGUACUGUGUACGUAUUUCAUUUACGCUCACGCUAAUUAUGAUGCAUCAAUCAGCCCCAUCACCACGAAUUAUUAUACUAUCAAUUAUAGCUUUUCAAUGGAAGAUUAAUCGACAUCAGUAGCGAAGCGCUAGAACAUUUCAAAUAAAUUUCAACUCUCAUCUGUAUUUCCAUAAAUAUCUACGAAUAUAAAGCAAAUGGCAAAAUGCUCGUCAAUACCUUUUUUGUAGUCCUUGAUUUGCUCUUCAAAAAAGGUCCUGAUGAUGAUUUUGAUAUCUCCCUUAGAUUCAGAGGGCUGGCCAAUCGCGUUAUGUAACGAAAAACCAAUCGAAAAAAUUGUUUAGCGCAUCGUCACUGAUAUCUGAACGUGCGCGUAAAUGAAUUAGGUAGUUUGCGUCUUAAAUGUUCGGGCAAGUAGCAUAAUGCGAUGCGCUUUAUCCACAAGAAAGAAUGAACAGCGUUAAACAAUAACAAGGCAAAAUGUUCAUUACUCUAAGCUAUAGAAGCUCAAACGAUUAUGAUUAACUAAAAUGAUGAUUCUGAAUGACGAUGGAACAGAUAAUUUGAAUGAAAUCAUGUUUAAUGUCAAGUCUGCUUAUCAAAAUAUUCUACAUAUUGACGAUAUUAACAGGAACGAGUAAUUAACAAUGAAAAAAUAACGUCAUCAUUAUUUUUAUGAUAAUAUUCGGUGGAGAAGUGAAAAAAACUGAAUAAUUGUCUAAUUAACUUGGAAACUGAUGAAUUUAUGAAGUACUGUCAUAAAACAUCUUUUGUCGAGACCUCUAUUCUCUACAAAAAAAAUUUAUUGGCAUUUCCUCUUAAAUUAACUCGUUACUGAGAUAAUCCUCGGAAUUUUCCACUUAACAACCGAAAAAUCAAUUUUAAAAAUUCCUUCAUUUCUUACUAAAUGACAGAAAUCAUUAAAACUGCGCGGAGAUCAUUGCCUUGAUUGCAACAGCCCUCGGACACUAAUUGGGUACCAAAAAUUUGAUAAACGCGACCGAUUAAUUAUCGAAAAAAUCGUGUAAUAUGUGCAAAUAAUUCCUGAGUCAUCAAAUGAGUUUCCAAGGAAGUGAGGGUUAAUCAUCUCUUCCCCAGGAGCAGCUCUCAUUUCUCCAAAAAACUCAAUUCAUCAACUCAAUAAUAAUUAAAACCCCACAAAAUUAAUAAUAAUAAUAACAAUGAAGAAAGGGAAUUUCUGAAUUUUGAAAUUCAUUAAUCGAUUAAUAGAAUGCGUGUAUGACGGCACGAGAAGAAUAGUGAAAUCACAAUAAUCGUAAUUAAAAAUUAACAACAACUUCCCCAUUAAUAUUGCGAUUAUUGUGUUUCUGUAUUUUCUCGGAAGGAGAUAGAGAGGAAUAAUAAUUACAGAGAAGAUGAUUUAUCCAUAUAUUACGUUGACAACAUUACAAAGGUUUAUUUGAACCGGUAGUAGCGAAAAUGGGGAGAGUAUGUGUAAUUGAUGAAUUGCAGAUAUAUAAAUUGUGUUGAUGACUCGUUUGUGUUUUGAAUAAUAUAAGAGUGAAGUGAUGAAACGUAAUGGAGGUGAGCGGAACUUUAACAGAUCAUUAAUUAGGCAAUAACCUUAUUAAUUAUUCGCGGGUCAAAUGUGUUGAGUAAUUAGUAAUUUCAUAACUACAAUGAGAGAAUUAUAUUGUGAAAAAAAUUAAAUCAUCAGGUCCUCUUGAUUGAUUUAUUAAAUAUUAGUAAUGAGACAUUUUAAUGAGAAUGUCGAGGUUUUUUUAGAGAAUUUUUUGCCUACGAAAUAUUGUUUGAUAUUAUCUCUGGAAUCACUCGUUAUUAAAAUAAUUAAAAAUGAAAAAUAUCUUGAAAAUCUCUGACGUUUCACCACUUCCCUGAAUAUGCAUAAAUAAAUCCUAAAAUAAUAAAUACACAAAUCAACGUACUUUCUCCGUGAACGAUACUGCCGUUAUUCAUAAGUUAUUAUUAUCACGAGUGUUUAAAAAAAUUAUAAAAAACAAAUUUUAAUGAUAGAGCAGUUUUUGAGGACGAGAGAUUGUAGAUAAUCACGAGUGAUGAGUGAAUUUAAAAAUUGGGCUGUUAUGGUGUUCCAGGGAAUACCUCGGAAUGUUAAGUCGGAGAUGGGUGAGAGAGAGAGAGAGAGAGAGGAAGAGUUAGUAAUAAAGUUUGAAUUUUCAAAUCUUCAAUUGCAAUCGUAUGAUAAUAACGACGAAGUGAUCAGGCUAGUGUUUGAGCCUCUGGGCUUGUCACUGACGAGCAACUGCCAUGAGUCGAGCUACGUAGAUGACCAGAAUCAUAGUAGAUGAGAAAAAACAUUGCAUUUUUGAGUUUGAGGAAAUUUCAAUCUGCGGUCGAGGGGUGAAGUCAUUUUUAUUUUUAGUCUUUUCUCAGUAGAUAAUCAACUUAUGACAAAAUUUGAGUCCAACAUUUUUGUGGCGAAUUCAAUUUCUCAGAGAAAAUAUUCUACACUAUUUUUUAAUCCAAUCCACUAUUCAAAGAUAUAUGUUCCUCUAAUUAGUCGUGUCCAACAUGGAAAAAAAAAAUCUGGAAAUCGUGAGAACUUUUCCCAUCAAUUUCAAUUCUUCUUCACGUAAAUAGUUUUAAAUUUUUUACCAGAUCCUUUCAAUUUAAAGCUGAUUCACCACUCGAUCUCCAAACACCGUACGAAUGAUGCAAUAAAGCUGUAUAAAAUUUUUAAAGUCGAUUGAAAUUCUGUCGCUUGAAUGAAAAUUCAUAAAAAAAAACAAAUAAAUUUCGCAUAAAUUAUGAGUUAUUUGCACAAUAUUAUGAAUAAUUAAUACGUUUACUACGAUUACGAGGAAGUAAAUUAUAAGAGCAAAUAAUGCAAAGAUAAAUUUAACCAAAAAAAAUCGAGGACAAACUGUUGUUAAAUAAUUAAUGCAAGAAGAAAGAUUGAAUUGAAAAAAAAAAUAAUUUGAGAUGAACAAUAAGAAACCACUGAUAUUCGAUCCAAACGAGCAUAAAUUACUGAGAAAUUAAUAAACCAAAGGAUAAUGGAGAAUAAAUCAUGACGAUUCGUUUGUUAUUAAUUAGUUUAACAAUCCGUAUAAUUAGUUACUGUAAUUAUGUAAUUCCUACGAUAAUAUAGUUAAAAUUAACAAGUUGUUACCGCUUUGUUAUACACGAUAUAAUUAAUAUAUAAUAAGAAUUAUAUAAAGUAAGCCGAUGCA